AUGUUCGACCCGCUCGGAUUUGUGUGUCCGACAAUCACGAAAGCGAAAAUCAAGUUGCAAGCACUCUGGAGGAUGCAGAUCGACUGGGACGCGCCAGUCCCUGAAGCGGUCGUGCGAGAUUGGAUGGAGUUCAAGCAAAGGUUGACCGGUUUCGAUCGGCUUCGCAUUCCUCGUCACGUCAUCCGUCCCGGCUCCAAGCGCCUAGAACUACACGGAUUCUGCGACGCGUCGGAGAACGCGUUCGGUGCCUGCAUUUACCUCCGUUCCAUCUCCGAGGACAAGAAGUGCACCGUUCGUCUUCUUACCGCCAAGUCCAAAGUUGCCCCCAUCAACAUCAACACGAUCCCACGUCUAGAACUCUGCGGCGCCCGCCUGCUUGCAAAGCUGCUGUGCCAAGUUCUGGAAAGUUACGCAAUCGACGCACCUGUCUACCUCUGGACAGACUCGACCAUCGUCCUGAACUGGAUCUCUGGAUCGCCGGUGAUGUGGGGAACCUUUGUAGCCAACAGGGUCGCUGAAAUCCAAGAACGCACUGCUCUCGCCACCUGGAAUCACGUUCCGUCUGGAGACAACCCCGCGGACUUGGUUUCGCGAGGAAUGGACCUUGACGAACUGAUGGAAAGCGCACUGUGGUGGCACGGACCGCAGUGGCUUGGAAUCGACCAGCAUCCCUGGCCGCAAAUCUACGUUCCCAACGCGAAUGUGGAAGAAGAAAGACGGCGAGUCGUCUCUCUACCGGCUGUUGAAGACCAGCAGGAUAUCAUCAACCGGUACUCAAAUCUGCGUCACUUGAUCAGAAUCGGAGCUCUGCUUCGGCGGUUCUGCGAGAACUGCCUGCGUCACAAGAACGGUCAACUCAAGCUGGUUGGUCCACUCACCCUCGAUGAACUCGAUCGCACACAACUGGACCUCAUCCGUCGAGUUCAGCAGCAGUAUUUUGAAGAAGACUUCCGCUUACUCAGCACAACGGGAAGAGCUCACCGGAAGUCGAAGCUGCGUUUCCUUCAUCCGCAGCUCGUCAAUGGCAUUAUUCGGGUUGGCGGCCGGCUUCACAAUGCGAGGAUCCCGGUUGAUGUCAAGCAUCCGAUCGUUCUACCAGCCAAACACCGCUUGACCGAGAUGAUCACCAGAAGAGAACACCUACGAACACUUCACGCUGGUCCUGGGCUGCUGUUGUCCACCCUCCGACAGCGAUUCUGGCCUCUUGGCGGCCGGAACCUAGUGCGAAGCAUCGUCCACCGGUGCAUGACAUGCGCCCGAGCAAAACCAAGUACGCUGCAGCAGCUGAUGGGCAACCUACCAAGCGUUCGGGUCAACCAGGCACACCCUUUCGAGAACGUCGGAGUGGAUCUAGCUGGUCCGAUCUACAUCUGUUCCUCACUACGAAACCAUCGGAACCCGAUCAUCAAGGCGUACAUUGUGGUGUACGUUUGUUUGGCAACAAAAGCGGUCCAUCUGGAUCUCGUCACGGACCUCACAACAGAUGCCUUCAUCGCCUGUCUGCGUCGAUUCUGUGGACGGAGAGGACUUCCCGCGAACGUCUACUGCGACAACGGGACGAACUUCGUCGGGGCGCACAAAGAACUGGAGGAUCUGCGGAAGCUGUUUUUGACGCAGCGACACCAAGAUGCAGUUGCACGAGACUGUGCGGACAGCGGAAUCCACUUUCACUUUAUCCCACCUCGUUCGCCAACCUUCGGUGGAAUCUGGGAAGCUUGCGUCAAGUCCGUCAAGCAUCUGCUGCGAAGAGUCGUCGGCGAUGCCCACCUCCUCGAGUCCGAGAUGCAGACUGUGCUCAUCCAAAUUGAAGGUCAACUGAACUCACGUCCAAUCGUUCCGUUGCCUGCAAGCCCGUCUGACGAAAUGGCCCUUACACCAGGGCACUUCCUGGUCGGACGACCGCUCAACGCGAUUCCCGACCCAGAUCAACAAGCUAUCCCUGAAAACCGCCUGUCUCGCUGGAGAAGAGUACAACAACUAGCACAACACUUCUGGUCGCGCUGGCACAAAGAGUAUCUGGCGACUCUUCAGAAUCGCUAUCGCUGGAACACGGAACUGGACAAUCUCGCAGUCGGUUCUGUUGUCGCGCUGAUGGACGAGCGAUACCCACCGCAGAAAUGGCUCCUGGGACGUGUUCUCGACGUACACCCGGGUGCAGAUGGCCUUGUACGGGUGGCCACGGUCAAGACGAGCACCGGGACGACUCAACGCGCCAUCAACAAACUCUGCCUGCUUCCGGUGGAGAUUGAUCCAGCCAGCAUAGCAACGCAACAACAAUCGCCGGUCGAGAGGUCUCCUGGCCCUAGCUCGGGGAACAGAGCAGCCGGUUCGGACGCCGGUGCUUACUCUAGUUAG